UCGUUCGCUAGAGAGCAGGCCCGGUUAAAGGCCGGUGUGAUUGAGCAGGAUACCGAGGAGUGGCAGAAAGAUUCAAGUUUUGCAGGACUGGAGAGAGUAGGAGGCGUGGACUUAUCUUACAUCAAAGGAGAUGAUGCGAGCGCCUGUGCUUCCCUUGUGGUUCUCAGCUACCCCGCUCUCGAGGUGCUGUACGAGGAUUGCCAGAUGGUUGCUGUGACGGCCCCGUACAUAGCAGGAUUCUUAGCCUUCCGAGAGGUCCCUUUCCUGGUGGAAGCAAUUCAGAGACUUCAGCAGAAAGAGCCCAGGCUCAAACCUCAGGUGCUGCUUGUAGAUGGGAAUGGCCUGCUCCAUCACAGAGGAUUUGGUGUGGCCUGUCACCUGGGGGUCCUGACAGAUCUACCGUGCAUUGGAGUGGCCAAGAACCUCCUGCAAGUGGAUGGCUUGGCCAGGGAUGAGCUGCACAGAGAGCAGAUUCGUUCCCUGCAGACAGAAGGAGAUGCAUUCCCACUGACUGGCACUUCAGGGAAAGUCCUGGGCAUGGUCCUGCGUAGCUACAACAACAGCUCUAAGCCCCUUUAUAUCUCUGUGGGCCAUAGAGUGUGCCUGGAGACAGCCGUGCAUCUAGUCAAGUCCUGCUGCAGGUACCGGAUCCCGGAGCCCAUCCGACAGGCUGAUAUUAGAUCGAGGGAGUAUAUUCGGAAGCACCUGUGUUCACCACUGGAGGUCAUAUCUUCUGGGCCAAAGAGGAAAGAAAAGGAGACUGAGCCUGAUCAUUAGUCUGAUGUCAGAAGAAACUGCAGGGCCCCUGUGCACUGAAUCCUCUCCUCCACCAAGAGCGUGGGUCUGUAAAGUGCAACAGCCAAGUGCCAUGCCU